AUGAUGGAAUCUAUAGACCACUUUCAUACAGCGUUAUUUAUUGGGGUCAUGUGUGUCGUGCAGACGAUGGGUGAGAUUUGUCCCUACAGUGACCCGGGAUGUUCGUGUGGUCCUUACAUAACAUGCUACAAUCUGCAAGAAAUUCCUCCAAUAAAUACAACAGUUGAUAGCAGUCAAGUUACAAGUCUUAUUUUUGAGGAAGGAAAUAUAACAAGUAUUUCCGACAACAGUCUACCACCUGGACUCUCAUCACUAAAUCUUUACCAUCUGCCACUCGCUAAUAUUUCUGACGACGCCUUCGACGCAUCGGCGGCGACACUACAAGAUAUUUACAUUUCACGAGCAAAUUUAUACAGUUUUCCCACAGCACUAAAGAAAUUGACCAAUUUGACACACCUGUCUUUUAUUGAUUCAGUGAUACAAGACUGGGAUACUGCCACACUUAACCAGAGUGCUGCUACACUUGAGAAUCUUGCACUCAUCAACGUGAGUUUACCUGCAUGGCCAAGUUGGAUAUCUGACCUCUAUUUGUUACGUCAAGUCGACUUAAGCUGGAACCCGCUCAGAAAUAUCCCUAACGAUGCCUUUAGCUCCAUCAACGACUCACUUACAGAUCUUAACCUUAAAGGUACUGAUUUGACCCACAUACCAGGAGCAUUGUCGACCCUUUUAAGUCUGCGUAUCCUCGAUUUGCAGAACAAUAAUUUUACAGAUUUGUCUGAGUUUCAAUAUAUAACAGGGUCACCAUUUGCUCAUAAUCUUUCGGUCUUAUACUUAGACUUCGAUGGGCUGACCAGAGUAGCCAAUUUCUCAAGUUUGGCAGCGCUAAUAACACUCAGCUUAUCUAGUAAUAGAAUAUCAUUUGUACCCGCUGGCUCACUGCCCACAUCUCUAACAACAUUAUACCUUUCUAACAACAGUCUUGCAUCGGUACCUGAAGAUGUGGCCAGUAUGUCUAAGCUUUCCAGUUUAUACUUGUCUACAAAUAUAAUAGGGGAAAUUGAACAGAACGCCUUUCCAUCAAGUCUGACAAUUCUUAAUCUUGCUAACAAUAAUCUAACGAUCAUUACAAACACAACUUUCAGAAAUCUUAAUUUAGUAACUUCUCUUAGCUUGACCUCAAAUCCCAUCUCCACCAUCUCCAGUGCAGCAUUCUCAGAUCUGGUUUCAUUGCAGUACCUUUACCUAAUUGGUUCACAGCUGACCGAAAUUCCUCUCGCUUUGGCAUUACUAAACCCUCGUAUAAAUCUAUACUUUACAACGACUGAGCAAUUGUCUUGUCCAUGUCCACCAAACCGGCAACUGUCUGAGUUCUUUACUUCAGUUGGAUAUCCUGCGAUCUUCCCAGAUGUCUGUGAGGACGGACAGUCUGUUACCUCAUACCUAAGUGGUCAGUGCCAGUGA